GAACUGGCUAGGCCUGUUGAAUCGUGAGUUACAGCACCCCCUUCAUACUCGAUACAUCUUUCGUCGCAACACGACUUAAUACUAUGUACCCCGUACUAAUCAAAGACGAUCAGAUUUCCAACAAGUUAGAAACCAAAAGGUAACCUUCAACGACGAAGCCCGCCAGGAACAAGGCCUGGGUAAAGCCAAAGAGCUCCGAUGGGCCUGCUCAGCAACCUUUGACAGCACCGGCGACGUAUUUCCCCGGCCGGGGUACGGCAUGGACGCCGGCGAAGACAUCUCUCGCGGCGGCGCCGGCCCUGCUUUCCAGGGCAAAAAGGACGCGAAGCAAUGGGCCGCCAAAGCAGCUUGCGAGUGGCUCAUUGACAACGGGCACAUGAUGCCUUCGGGCGACCUGCCAAAGUUCCCAAAGCCAUUUGCCCCGGCUGCUAGUGCUGCGCUCGCUGCCGCUGCUGUUGCUCCUAUUCCUGUUCCUAUUCCUGCUCCUUCUCCUAGUCGUGGCGUCUCGUCCGGAUCGGUUCUACCCUCCAAAAGAUCCCCGCCGAGCCCGCCCCCAGCAGAAAGCAGCGCCACCGCGUCGAGGAAGAAGCAGGACAUGAACCAACCCCCAAAGACGUCCCCAUCGCCACCGGCUCACUUGCCCAGCGUUGCCGCGAGCAACAGCAACAGCAGUCUUACCAGUCACCAAACCCCACCUUACCCAUCCGCCAAUACCCCAAAGGCCCCGAAACCAACUCUCCCCCUGAACGUGACGGCAUCACCAACCUCCGCCACCCACGACUCGACGACGACGUCCACGGCAAGCACACCCUCCCUCGGCGCCGGAGCCCCCAUCAGCACUACAGCGCAGUCCCAGGUCCCUACGCCAUCAAUCUCUCCCGCACCGACCUCGGCCCCAACACCCCAGGCAUCAGAAUCCGCAACGACAUCAGCAGAGAAGCGCGUCCCGGACCUCUGCACGCAGCUCCACCUCCCCGUACCCCGAUACAUCAUAACGCCAGAUUCAGCGCUCGAGGACUUUUGGGACGGCCGCGCCGACUUCGACGGCGACCCGCGGAUCCCGGCUGAUCUGGGCGCCGUGCGGCGGAUCUUGCACAAGAAGGCUGCCAGGGAGAAGAUGGCGGGUGCGAUAUUGGCGUGGCUCGAGGCGGAGGUUGAGAAGAGGGAGAGGACGGCGAAGCUUGUGCUGGGGAAGUGAUGUGAGCGGGGAAGAGCGAGGCUUGGUCAGGAAGGCUACGUGAUGUUAUCAGCUUUCAGAUGGAUUCUCAUGGAUGACCUUGAUAUGAAGGGGGGGGAGGGGGG